AAUCAGCGGCGGGGCGGGCAAUUUGAACGCUCCAGCAGGGGCACGCGGCCAGGGCUCUCCCGGCCCUCCCCUGGACGCCAGCCGCUGCCGCUCAGCCCUGAAGGCCGAGAAGGAGCCGCGGGGCCGCAACCCUGCGCUCCCGCCAUGGGCCCGCGCCGCCAGAGACGCAAGCCCGAAACUCCACGGAGGCGCCCCGCGAGCCCGGCUCCCGCCGCCCCCCGGCGGGGCCCCUCCUUAGGUCCCCGGAGACACCGCGUUCUGAGGGAGAUCCGAAUUCUUCAGAAGAGCACGCACCUGUUGUUAAGGAAGAACCCCUUCUGCCGCCUGGCACGAGAAAUAUGUGUUCAGUUCACUCGUGGUGUGGACUUCAAUUGGCAAGCCCAGGCCCUGCUGGCCCUACAAGAGGCGGCAGAAGCGUUUCUCGUUCAUCUCUUUGAGGACGCCUACCUCCUCUCCCUGCACGCCGGCCGCGUGACUCUCUUCCCCAAGGACAUCCAGCUGGCCAGGAGGAUCCGAGGCAUUCAGGAAGGGCUCGGCUGAGCUCCCGCCGCCGGUGUCGCUGGAAGCCUCCCCUGCCCCCCCCAGAGAAGAUGAUACCCAGGACUCUGCCCGUUGCAGGACCAGAUCCGCGGAGGACGUGUGAGAUGCCGUCUGGACUUGCUGUCCCAGAGCUGUGUGCACGCAUUGCUUUUGUAAUUCGUUUUUUUAAGGUGGAGAAGACCAUAUGGCUUUCCUCUGUAACCAAGGUGAGGUAUGAGAGAAUCAACACAUUCCACAAGUCCUGAGAAAAAUUUUUCAGAUGAAGAGACUCCAAGGUUGAUGUCACUUUGAAAAUUACUCAUGUGACUGUUGGAUGCUUUUGAAGACAUCAGGUGUUCUAGGUUAUGGGAGAAAAGAAUAUUUACUGAUUAUUUUAGAUCUUUCUGUACCAUGUAAUUUUUUUUUUUUUUUUUUACCAUAUGUCUAUUUACAUUUAUUUAAAACACAAGGGAAAAGAUAAAAGAAGACCACCUCAGGCAGUUGCAUGGAAGAGCCUGGCUCAGGUAGCAUACAACUUUCUGUCCUUCAGAUUGAUUUCAUCCUUAGUGGCAGCAGCCACUUCCUCUGUGGACUGUGCCUGUCACCAGAUCGUAGCUUUUCAAAAAACUCAGUGGGAUGAAAAUAGAAAAUCGUUCAGGUUUGAUGUCCUGGCUCCUUCUGGUAAAUUUCUAUCAAAAUCAUUCAGAAAUUCGCGCUCGUGGAAUUUUACUCUCCUUUGAAAAAUCAGAGAAGAUAUAUCAUAGUUUAUACGUUAGAAUGUUUCAUUCCAGGAUUUUAAAGUGCCUUUGCGAUGUUUUUACAGGUAUUUUUUUUAUAAAUUCUUUGUGGAGAGGGAAUAAUAAUAAAAGAAAUUUUUUAAUGAGAAAAAUUGAAAGCGGUGCUACUGUUUUAUGGCGAUUGUACUGUGUUCUCUCGUGGUAGCGCUGCCUUCUUCGCCUGGACACUGUUUGCCAACGGCUGCAAUUUAAACAAGAGAACUGGGGACGGGGGGGGGGUGCUUUUGGCCUCCACUGGCCAAGAGUAUGAGCAGAUUAAAAACCUGGCCUUUCUGUUGUGACUGAAAGCGGUUUAAGAGAUUUCCAGGGACAUGGAAGUACCAGCCAAGAAAGACUUUUAGAUUUUUGUGGAUUUUGCGUGUGGUAAAAAUGAUUCGUGAGGGGCAGAUACCAGCAAUCCAGCGAUCAUGUGUCAGCCAACGAAAGGGAACCACUGGAUUCUGUUGUUUGGUAAAUUUUAACCCUUUGGAAAAACCUUUUCCUAUUCAACCUCAACUCACUUCGAUGUAGACAUUUGAAUAAAGCUUCUCUGUCCAUUAAUA